CUCAGUUAUUCCCAGACUCUAACCGAUUCACAUAACCAUCUCUCCCAACGCAAUAUACCCGAAAUAUAACCGAUAUUCAAUCGCUUUGCUUAACGGAACACGCGUUUGGUAUUUGUGCAUCGAUCGAGUAUUUGUGCCUGUGUGAACAUGACACACUGAAAACAAAGUGACGAAAAUUAAGAACAUUUUACAACAAUUCCGGUAAACUAUCAAUAAAAAGCCAGUAAAAUGCAUACCGUGGAAGACAUGUUGGUGGAGAAAAACUACAGCAAGUGCCCGCUAAAAAAGCGCCCAGUUAAUUACCAGUUCGAGGCGCCUCAAAAUCACAGUAACACCCCAAAUGAGCCGCAGGAUUUGUGCGUAAAGAAAAUGGAAAUUCUGGAGGAAAAUCCCUCCGAGGAACUGAUCAACGUCAGCGAUUGUUGCGAGGACGAGGGUGUGGAUGUAGAUCAUACAGAUGAUGAACACAUCGAGGAGGAGGACGAGGACGUCGAUGUGGAUGUGGACUCGGACCCAAAUCAGACCCAGGCUGCGGCUUUAGCUGCUGCCGCAGCUGUGGCCGCCGCUGCAGCCGCCUCCGUGGUUGUGCCCACGCCCACAUACCCGAAAUAUCCCUGGAACAACUUCCACAUGUCGCCCUACACCGCCGAGUUCUACAGGACCAUCAAUCAGCAGGGUCAUCAGAUUUUGCCGCUGCGUGGCGAUCUCAUUGCGCCCAGUUCGCCGAGUGACUCGCUGGGCUCCCUGUCGCCGCCACCACAUCAUUACCUUCAUGGUCGCGCAAGCUCCGUUUCCCCGCCCAUGAGAUCUGAAAUCAUCCAUAGACCAAUCGGCGUGCGGCAGCACCGUUUCCUGCCCUAUCCACAGAUGCCCGGUUAUCCGAGCUUGGGCGGCUAUACCCAUACCCAUCAUCACCAUGCGCCUAUCUCGCCGGCUUAUUCCGAGAAUUCCUACUACUCCAUGCGAUCGAUGACGCCUGAAUCCAGCUGCAGCUCCUCGCUGCCCGAGGAUCUAUCCCUGAAACACAAGAACCUGAACUUGAAUCUAAACACUAGCCAGCCGGGAGAGCAAGCAGCAGCCAAAACCGGGGAUAUGUCGCCCGAAACUAUGCCGAAUGCCUCCGCCAAGAAGGACAAGAACCAGCCGCCGCGUUACCAGUGCCCGGAUUGCCAGAAAUCUUACUCCACCUUCUCCGGGCUGACCAAACAUCAGCAGUUCCAUUGCCCGGCCGCCGAGGGUAAUCAGGUGAAGAAGUCCUUCAGCUGCAAGGAUUGUGACAAGACCUAUGUUUCGUUGGGUGCCCUCAAGAUGCACAUUCGCACCCACACGUUGCCCUGCAAGUGCAAUCUGUGCGGCAAGGCCUUCUCGCGACCAUGGCUGCUGCAAGGACACAUUCGCACUCAUACGGGAGAGAAGCCCUUCAGUUGCCAGCAUUGCCACCGGGCCUUUGCAGAUCGCUCGAAUCUGCGAGCACAUCUGCAGACCCACUCGGACAUCAAGAAGUACUCCUGCACCAGUUGCUCGAAGACCUUCUCGCGGAUGUCCCUCCUAACCAAGCAUUCAGAGGGCGGAUGUCCUGGCGGCAGUGCAGGAUCCUCCAGCAGCAGCGAACUCAACUACGCCGGCUAUGCCGAGCCGUAAGGCAAUAUAUUUAUAUAUACAUUAUAUAGCUGAGAUCCCAGCCAUGUUCCACCAAAAAUUAGUUCCUAGCUCUCUUAGGCGGCUCCAAGUUCCCGAAACUCCCAGUGCAGACACACAACUUCAAGCAGAAUUUCACUUGUUUUUUAAUUUCUAGUCAGCAUUUUCUCCCAGAAGAGAGAAAAUUAAAAAUUACGUUUUAAUUUGUACAAUCCGGCAACAUUUUUGUAACCACCACCACCAAUUUGAAUAGUUUGAACCAUUUUAAAAUGUGUGCCCAUAAUAUAUCCUAAAGAUGAACUUUGUAAAGUAUUCUUCGAUUUAUCCUGUACAUAAUGUAUUAUGUCUAACUGUAGACUCUAAGCUGAACAAAUGAAACGCCAGACAAUCAAUCGUAAGCAAGACAUACAUCUCUAUAUUUUAUACGAUAGUAUUUUUAGCCUAGCUGUAAAAACCGUAAACUAUUUUUGAUAUGACCACUACUUUUUCGCGUACACAUUGAAAAUGUUCUACUGUAGCUUAAGUGAAGAUAAGCAAACAACACAUACAUAUAUUUUGAUACGAAAAUGUUUUGUAAUUCUAAGUAAUUUAUUGCAUCAAGCGAAGAAAGAAGGAAAUACAUUUUAUUUACAUAC